AUGUACCGCCUGCAGUGCGUCGCCCAGCAGUAUGCAUGGGGCAAGAAGGGCUCCAAGAGCGCCGUCGCCGCCUUGAAGUCGGCGAGCGAGCACACAUUCAAGGUCCAAGAAGACGAGACGUACGCCGAGCUCUGGAUGGGCACACACCCGAACGGCCCAUCCAAGAUUGUCGGCCAUGACGGCACGAUUGAACUCCUCUCGGACUGGCUGCAGGCGCACCCCGAGGCGCUCGGCGACAUUGACGGCGACAUUCCGUACCUCUUCAAGGUUCUCUCCGUGAACACGGCGCUGUCCAUCCAGGCCCAUCCCGACAAGGAUUUGGCCGAGAAGCUUCACGCUGAUUUCCCGCUCAUCUACAAGGACGACAACCACAAGCCCGAGAUGGCGAUAGCGGUCAAUCGCUUCGAAGCGCUGUGCCGGUUCCGUCCGAUCGAAGAGAUUGUGGAGCACAUUCAAGAGGUGCCGGAGCUGCGCGCACUCGUGGACCCCGCGAUCUCGAACGCGCUCAUCGAAAGCCACGACCGCGACACGCUCCGAGCGUUCUUCCAGGCGCUUGUGUACUGCGACCACGACGAGGCGAUUGCGCAACUGGCCAACCACCGCGAACGCCUCGAGGCGCUGGACGCGCGCACACCGCUGCAGAAGCUCAUUUUGCGCUUGAACGACCAGUACCCGAACGACAUUGGCGCGUUCUGCCCAUAUUUGCUCAACUACAUUGUCAUGGAGCCUGGCGACGCCGUCUUCCUCGGCGCCAACGAGCCCCAUGCGUACCUCUCGGGCGACUGCAUUGAAUGCAUGGCGUGCUCGGACAACGUCGUGCGUGCCGGUUUAACGCCCAAGUUCAUUGACAAGAACACGCUGUGCGACAUGCUCACCUACGAAGCGGGCACGCCGCCGAUCGGCCAAGGCAAUGCGAUUGACGCGGUCGUGACCGAGUAUACGCCGCCCGUGCCCGAGUUUCAAGUCCAGCGCAUGGACAUGGCGCCGCUGGAGCACUACACUUUGGCACCGGCCGCCGGUCCUUCGAUCUUGCUCGUGCUGUCGGGCCAAGGCUAUGCCCACUAUUCCCCGGACGACGCGCUGACGUCCAAGCUCGAACUCUCGACGGGCCACGUGUUUUUCGUGCCCGCCGGCCAAAAGCUGUCGUUCGAGAGCGGCAUUCAAGGCCUGACCGUGUACCGCUCGAGCCCAAACGAAGGCCCGCACGCGAACUAGGAGAGAAGAGCUCCGUGUCGCGCGUAUUAAUUAUAAGGUUUUCGAUGUCUACUG